UCUCUCCCACUACCUGACUUUCCUAUUAGGCUAAUAGUACGAUAAUAACACAUUACAACUCUAAAAUUCUCCUUUCAUACAAAUACCACAACCCCCAUUAAAACCAUACUAGAGAAAACCCAUCUCCAAAGUUAUCUCCUUUUUUUCAAAUGAAGACGCCGGCACCUGAAAAAGACCCAUCGGAAAAUUCCACCGUCGUCUCACUCUCCGACCUUCCUCCAACAGAAACUCAUAAAGACAAAGCACAACUGUUUCUUGAUCUAACCCUAUCAGCAAACGAAUCCAAUCAAGAUAACUCAAACCCAGAGCUUAAUCUCAUCGGAUGUUUCAACCCAACAGAUUCCGGCGCCGGCACCGACCAGCAACAACAACCGAGGAUCUUCUCAUGCAAUUAUUGUCAAAGGAGAUUUUACAGUUCCCAAGCUCUUGGAGGUCAUCAAAACGCACACAAAAGAGAAAGAACUUUGGCUAAAAGAGGUGGGUCGGGUCAGAGAUUUGUUGGGUUUGGACAAGAACCAUACCCGAUUCGUUUCUCUAGUAUAGCUUCUCUUCCUUUGCAUGGAUCUGCUAAUAUGUCAAUUGGUAUACAAGCUCAUUCUUUGAUUCAUAAACCGGCGAUGGGAAGGCUUGCUCCGGGGAAUUACUUCGCCGGAAUGGUGGGAGGAACGCCGGUUCCGGCUGCCGGCGCCGCCAGGUUUGAGUCUAUUCCGGUGAUGGGUAACGGACGUUAUGAGUGGUGGGAGAGUGGGGGAGUUGUGAAAGGAAAACAAGAUGAAUUGCAGAAACUUGAUUUGUCUUUGAAAUUGUGAGUAGUGAUUUCGAUUUGUUUAAAUUUUUAUUUGCUUUCUUUAUCUUUGUAAUUUUUUAAUAUUGUCACCUUUUUUUAGUUAGAGAGAAAGAUAGAUUCAUGAAUUUUGUAA